AUGUCUUCCAGAGCAUCCGAAGAAGCAGAUCUCAAAACCCCCAUUAUCUACAUAUUUCCAGGGCGUCAACCCGAUGUUCGUCUGAUGGUUUUUAAACAAGAGUUUCACGUGCACUCCCAUAUCUUGAAGGAAGGGUCAAUUUAUUUCCGCAAAUUUCUUGAUUCGCCUGAUAAGCAAGAUGCACCCGGACCAGACUUAGCUCUGUUCAGAUAUGAUUAUAGCACAGUUGUUGAUGAGGAUGGGGCUUGGGGCUUGGAGGCCGUCGCUAAGGCUCCGUUGUUAACUGAGGAAAUGAUAUCCCAAGCAGAGGAUAUGGAGGGAGAAGUUGAGGGCUUUCGACAACUCCUUUGCGCCAUGUAUUCAAGGCCCUAUACCAUCAAGAGUGUUGAAGAGCUAUCAACACUUACUCGCAUUGCAGACUUCUACUGCGCUCUUCCGAUAGUUUCGGUCACUCUCACCGACGCGCUUCUCAAUAGCCCUAUAUUUUUGAAACGAGAAAAUGAAGAUUCAACUGCGUGCACGAAGGAUCAGCUAGCGGAAGAUUGCGACUCUAUGAUAUUCAACGCGCAGAAGCUUAGAAGUUCCGUUCUUUUUCGCGAGUGUCUAAUCCACGUCGUGGCCAAUUGGAAGGAUAAGGACACUUUCAAGUUUCAUCGUACUCGAAAUGAGGAGAUCAUCCGUGGUUUGAUCGGAGCAGGGUUCUCUCAACUUGACGAAAUGAUCGACCAUUUGCAACAUACACUCUAUAUUGAGGCCGUAAUGGCCAAAGACUCGCUGGAUACACCGGAACUCACAAAUGCCUUGGCAGCCGCUGAGGAGGACUACGUUUCUUUUCAAAGUGAACCAAAAAUGGCAGUUGCAUUCUGGAAAGACUUGAGCGCAAAAUUAGCUCACGUGGGCGGUGAUGCAGAAUUUCUUAAGUCUGAAAUAGAUCCGUUAUUGGUCAAUAAUCUUGUAUUGGAUCGUACCAAUGACGGACCUGGCGAAGGCUGUUAUAAGCAUUGCUUUCUCUGCGCCGAGAUCGGCGACAAACAAAUACCUUGGGAUUCCACGGCUGUGGACUGGUAA